AUGCGCGCUUCCAUCGCGUCCCUUGGCCUCCUGGGCCUCUCUGGCGUCACUGCUUCUCCCCACGGCGGCUCUGAGGCUCGCAGGGACCUCUCCGAGGCCUUCUUCGAGGCUUCCACUUGGUACGACUGGGGAUGGUACGGAGCUCGCCCACAGCAACGAUACCGCUCAUUUAAAAGCGCCUCGCCCAAGCCCAAUCUUGUGCUCAGAGACGACCGCUGUGACGAUGGGCUCAUCUUUCUCGAGCCGCGGGAGCGGCAACCCGACGACCCUGGACUCGUCAUCCUUGAUGGCGAGGGAAACCUGGUCUGGACAGCAACGCAGUGGACUGAGACAAACAACGUCAAGGUGCAAACUUUCAAUGGUAGCAGGUACAUGACGUUUUGGACCCGCGGUAAAGACGCCUCUGAUGAUGGCUACUAUGUCAUGCUGGAUGAGUCCUACGAGGUGUUCAAGGAAAUUCGCCCGACGGGAAGCCUCCACGGCGACGUCCAGGACCUCGUCAUAACCAGCGAGGGCACCGCCAUUCUGACCGUCUAUCACGAGACGCAAGCGCCAACGUCCAAGCCGGACCCCUCACCGCGGCGCAUCUACGACAGCAUCUUCCAGGAAAUUGACCUCAACUCGGGCAAGCUGCUUUUCGAGUGGCAUGCGUCCCAUCACUUCUCUAUUCAGGAGAGCCGUGCCCGAUGCGGACGGCGACGUGGUGACCCCUUCGACUUCUUUCACAUCAACGCCAUCGAUAAGGACUCCAAGUCGGGCGACUACCUCGUGUCCUCGCGCUUCAUGGGCGCCAUUGCGAGCGUCAGUGGCGUCGAUGGCCACGUCCAGUGGCAGCUGGGCGGCGAGCACAACGACUUUGAGGAUCUGUCUGAUGGUCCCGCCGUCACGUUUUCGUGGGACCAGCGGGCGACCUGGGCGUCUUCGGACAAAGAGGACGCGAAGACGCUGGUUGUAGUCGACGACAGUGGCAGCAAGGCGAUCGUGAAGCUGGACCUUACCAACAUGACGGCCACGCUGGCAUCCAGCACGACCCCGCUGCCGCAGAAGCCGUCCCAUCACGGGCAUCAGAACUCGGUCCAGAUCCUCCCCAACGAUAAUGCCCUCGUCAGCUGGGCCCAUACUCCUGGCUUUACCGAGUUCUCCAAGGACGGAGAGCCUCUGUGCGACACACACCUCGGCCCGGUCCGGCUCGCCGGAUGGGGCUUCCCUUCGAGCCUGUACCGCGCCUCCAAGUUCGCCUGGACAGGGCAGCCUCGCACACAGCCCGCGGUGGCCAUGCGCCCGGACAGGCUCAACGGCAAAGGCAGCGCCAGCCUGUACGUGAGCUGGAACGGCGCCACCGAGGUGGACGCGUACAUCCUUCAGAGCGGCCCGGCACCCGACGGCGAUGUCUUUGUCGACCACGUGAUCGUGCCUCGCGAUGGCUUCGAGACGAGGAUCCCCGUGCCGGUGCACUCGGAGGAGUAUCUGCGGGUGCUGGCGCUGGAUCAAGAAUGGCGCUUCAUUGAGCAGUCGGACGCCGUGUCGAAGCGCUACGGAGGCGUGACGAAGCCACUCAAGGGCGACAAGCUCGAAACGCGGAAGGGGUGCAACAUGUUGAUAUGGAUUGUCGGCGGCUUGGCCAUGGCCAUGACCGCUGUGCACCGAGUCAUUGUACUGCGGCGAAGAAGGGCCAUCGUUGCGAUGCCCGUCAAGGGCGACGUGCCAUUCUACGACGUCAAGCCCAGACCUUCGGUUUGA